UAACUUUACUUACUAAAAUUGAGUUGAACACUAAAAUGUAAUUGACUAUUCUGGUUCGCCAAGUGUAAACGAAGAUUUUGGUGUAUAAACUGUCAAUUUUCAUUCAUGUUAUCACGUCGAAAUUGCUAUGUUUAUGUUGAACACAAUCAUCUUUUCGUCUGCAGACACUAACAGAAGGGUGUUGGAAAGAAGAGGCCUAGCCGCCGUAGAGCGAUAGUAGUAGCGGUGGAGGUGAUUCGGUGGUGAAGUGAAGUAGUGUUGAGUUAGGCAGUGCCUCUAGCAUAUCCACCACCACGUCGGUGCCAUCAGUGAUUAAGGUGGCGGCGGGGGGCGGAGGGGGUACCACCGCCUCCUCCCAACAUGCCGCCGCCUCUGCUGCCGCCGAUCAGACGGCGACGGCGAUCCGGCACUUGUUGCACCCGCACCACCGGAUGACAUCGGCGACCAUAAUAGCGGCGCCGCCCUCCCACCACCACCACCCCACCCUGUCCAUCCCCGCCGCUGCCCGGCCUCAGCAACCAGUCGCCCAUGCCAACGCAAAUGCCAAUGCAACAGCCCCCUCCACUGACAGCAUGAGUCUCAUUGUGCAGCUGGGCACGGCCAGUGUCGGUUACACACCGACAAUAACUGCAAAACCGAGCACAGUUGCGGCUGCGUCGUCGUCGUCGGUGGCUGCGGCCCGCAUCCAGGUGCCGCAGUCGGGUGCCGCAGGCGGGCCGCAGGUGGCCAAGCAUCGCAUGCCAAUGACCAUCAACCGACAGCCGCACCAUCAUCACCAUCAUGUCACCCACUCGCUGCCUGUGCGCAAUAUAGCCGCACUCGCAAGACCCAUUCAGCCCACAGCCUACCACCAUCAUCACGCCGCAGCCGUGCCGCAGCCGCAGCCGCAACCCCAGCCGCAGCCGCAUACGCCUGUCGUCGGUCGUGUGCUCGCCAGUCCAAGAAAGGACUCCAAUCAUGAUGAUGAUGAUCUUCUCGAAGGAGUGGUUGAAAAGAGACCCAAGUACCACAAACAUCUCCCACUUAAUUACCAGUACGUGUUACAAGAUCACAACUAUGGAGCGCCUCCCCCUCCCACGCCGCCUCCACAGUCCGCCAUGAACGGACUGCCUCCGCAACAACAGCAACAACACCACCAACAGACACAACAACAGCAGCAGCAGUCGAGCAACAACGGAUUCACUUUCGCCAGCAGUGGUGUUGCUGGUGGUGUCAUGGGUGGCCACCAGGUGGCCAGGCCAGCGGCCACCGCGCAUGCGCAUGGUCACUCGCACCAGAUGCACCACCAAGCGUCCUCCAACAGUUUCACCACCAACUUAUACAAUCAUAAUAGGACAACACCGCCAGCGAGCUCGCACUCGCAGAACAGUAUGACGCUGGCACUGACGUCGGCCGCAGCUGCGGCGGCGGCUGCGGUGAGCAAAGCUGCUCUGAGCAAGGCUGCGGCGAGUGCGGCUGCGGCAGAUGAGUCUGACGUGAGCAGUGACGGCGAGAGAGAGGUGGAGCCCGAGGGAGAGGAGACGGAGACUGCGCCCGAGGGAGAGGGUGACGGCGAGGAUGAGGAUAGCGUCACUCGGUGUAUAUGCACAAUGUGUGUGCGGAAACGUGCGGUAGCGGCAAGACGCCGCAGCGAGCCUGCGGCACGCCGCAACUUGGCUGGCGGCAAACAGCGACGCGAAUCGGCCAAGGAGACACGUGACCACAAACACACCAACCGGCAGACCGCAGCCGCAGCCGCAGCCCAAUAUGGACGCAAGAAGACCGUCGAGAAGAAAGUGCCCGCCAGGCGGAAGAAUUCGACACUGAACCAAUCACGUGACGUGGACAAGACGCCGAAAUCGUCGCUGGCUUUGAUGGCCCAGGCGGCCGCCGUGCAGUGCGAGAAGGACAGACAACAGGCCAGGGAGAGAGAGCGAGAGAGAGAACGGGAGAGAGAGCGUGAGAGAGAGGAGCAGCGUCAACUGAACACCUCUACUAGUAGUCUGUCCAGUCUCAACAGUCCCACAGGUCACAGUCCCGGCCACAGUAAUACCUUGAUCAGUCCAGGUGGCGGAGACAGUGUUCAACAACUGCGCCAAUGGAUCGACAGCUACGAGGAGGCGGUGACCAACCACUACUCGCCCGAACUAAGGGCACGCAUCCUCAGCAUCAAGGUGAACGGAGUGCACAGUGACCUCAAGCUGCCCUCCCAUCUACUAGCCACGCCCAAGUGUCGCAUAUCGCUGCUCCCGUCCGGAAUCAAGAUUCUGAUGACGUGUGCGAGCGUGGCAGCGAACACUCCGCUGAUCGAGCUGCGCGGCAAGUACAUGCUGUCGGGUGGCGCACGGGGAGGCACGCCGCUGCAGUGUGCGCCGCACAUAUUCCACUACCAGCUGCCGCGCGACAACACCGACGUCUGUGUCGACUGUCGUACCUAUGGCAACGAUGCGCGAUUCGUGCGCCGCUCCUGCAAACCCAAUGCUGAGAUUCGUCACUGCAUAGAAAAAGGCACACUGCACCUCUACCUGGUGACAACUCAGGCCCUAGACAAGAACAGCGAAGUGACUCUGGCCCAAUCAGCGACGGGACCCGCCAUCUUGCCUUGUGCCUGCGGCGACCCAACCUGUCGACCUGUCCCUCCUCUUGCCCCUCCUCCUCACUACCACCAUCAUCACCACUCCUCCUCCAAACACCAUCACUCCUCCUCCUCCUCAUCCUCCUCCGAACACCACGACAAGAAGAACGGCGCAUUUGCCGCCAACCGAACGCCAUCCACUAAUAACCAUUCGGCCAUCGACAAAAGGCGGCGAGGAAGGCGACGAGCCGUGUCGGAGAAUGAGAGAGAGAGACCGCAAGAGAAGAGAGAGACCCCACAGCCAGAGAGAGAACAAAGAGAGAGAGCGCCGCCGGUCAAAGAGAGGAGAGAGCAGUCGAACAAGCAGGCGAGCGGUGACGUCAUACCGGAAGUGAAACGAGCCAAAUCAGCUGAUUUUGAGGCGGACAAUGAUAGCGGUGUAGUGGUGAAGCCGACCGUUGAGACCGGGUCAUUGACCUCCGAUGCUUUGCCGUCUCCUCCCCCUCCUCCUGCUCCUCCCAGUACCGGAGUUACUACUCGUGCCGAGAAGAAGGAGAAGAAUGAGGUGGUCAAGGAAGCAGAGAAGGAGACAGAGAAAGUGGUUGAGAAGAAGACGGAGAAGGCUGCUGAGAAGGUUGAUGUACAGAAAGAGAAGGAGAAGCCGAAAGAGAAGGACAAGGAGAAGGUGAAAGAGAAGAAGGAGGUGAAGUCGCCGUCGAGCUCGCCGCCUCACGUGCCGACGACUCGCUCCUCGCGGCAGUGGGCCAUCCGGCGGGAGGCCGCCUCCUCGGUGAAGCCUCAGUCGAAGCGCAGAGAGACCAGAGCGUCAUCCCCGCCCCAUCCGCCCACGCCGCAGAGGGAGUCACGACGCAGCACCGCCGACCGGGAGGAUGAGGACGAUGAUGAGGAGGAGACAGCCAUGAGCAAGAACGAUGAGAAACGCAAUAAAUUGACGCGUGAAGAGCGUAAAAUGGAGGCGAUCAUGAAGGCGUUUGAACGCAUGGAGAAAGAUCAGGCGCGUAGACAGGAAAACCAGGCGCGUCAGGCGCAAAGGAAGGACUCGACAGACACCGACCGCGAGAAAGAGAAGCCCGAGAAGGAAAAGGAGCGGUCGAGGGAGAGGGAGAGUGCACCCUCGUCAGCUGUGCAGACGCGCAAGGAGCGCGAACAGGCUGUCAAGCGGAGAAGGUCAGUCAGACGAAAAGGACGCGGCAAAUCGCAGGGCAUGCCGCAAGUACGACUCUCCAGUUCGCGUUUGCGGGCGCGGCGAGCCGCCAGUGGCUCCUCGUCCGCCGCGUCAACGCCGCGACCGCAGAAACGCGCCGUCGCCAAGAGUCGCGCGACACCUGUCGCCGCUAGGAGCGGUCGCGGAGCGGCACCAGCCGACUACUCAGACACUGAGGAUGGUGAGGAGGAGGAAGAGGAGGAUGAGGAGCAGGAAGAGGGAGAAGAGGAGACCAGUGAGGAGGAAGAGGAGAGCCAGAGCUCGGCUGCCGCCACUCCGGCUGUGAGUCAGGCGGCCGGUCUACUUAUGGCACUUUCCACGCCCAAUAAUUUCGCUGAUAAGGAUAGUUCAAAUGCGGGCGACCACUUGCACCGAACACCGGAGAAGAAGCCAAGAGGAGGAGGAGAGGAGGGAGAUGAGGAGAGCCCACAUGGCAUGAACACGAGCACUAGCAGCAGUGAUGGCACCCCCUCCACCCCCGUCUCAAACACCUGUCUCCUUGUGGCAGCCGCUGUGGGGCCCCUCGCCCCCGGGUUCAAGUUUCCCAAGACCAAAAAGAAUCUAUUGAACACGUGGUUCAAAGCGCCCGACCCCAGCCCUAGCCCCGGGUCUCCGCCUUUGCCUGCCGGGGCUGCAGCCGACGACUCUCCGACCCGGCCGGGACCCGGCAAGAAGCGCUGGCUCCGUCAGGCCAUCAGUGAGGAGUGUGAAUCGCCCAACUCACGACAAGAAAUGGCAGUAUCGCCCACAGAGCAUGUAGCGCCAUUGAAAAAGCGACGAAUGGCUCGUGAGUCUAUGUCUUCGGAGCAAUCGUACACACCUCCAACCACGCCUGUCGGCACAAAUCAGUUGAAUUUUGAUGAAGAUGAGGGCGUCCCACGCUCGCCUCCUAGAAUGAAAAACUCUGAUAUGGAUGAAAAUGAUGGAGUGAGUGAUUACGAGGAAACCGGGGAAUCUCCGGUGAUGAGUCAUCCUCGGACACCCGAGGAUCGUCCUGCUGAGGAUCCCAGGAUCAGGAGCAAGGAGUUUGGUGAAGGAGAGGAAGAGGAGGAAGACGAGAGGAAGGUGACGAAUGUCGGCCAGGAGGGAGAAGGAGGGAAGCUGACCAAAGAGGAGAAGAAGAUAACACCGGCCGCCCGCAAGAAAGUGCUGUCGAUCUCUGAAUACCGACAACGCAAGGGCGGCCAGAGCAGGGACAGUCGAGGCGAGGGUGAGGGUGAGGGAGAGGGAGAGGAGACUCGGACGAGUGACUCGAAGUCGCAGAGUCGACGCCAGGAGGACGAGGAGUCCUCCUCGUCAAUGUCGUCGAGUGAGGACGAGGCAGGGCCAGCCACCCAGGCUGCCUCCACUAACCCCUCCGACAUCAUUGCCAAAGCAAUAAUGCUCGAAACAGCUGCUGCUAAUGUUAAGGCUGCCACAGGCGGUGGUACAGGCACAUCUAGGUUCAACAGUGCUCCUACACUGGUGGAGAGGCAGAGAGAGAAUCUGACAGAGAGGUUGCGACGCGAGUUUGGACUGUUUGUCGAUGAUGAGGAGAAAGCUGCUAUUAAUUCAAGACAAGCCGCUGGAAUGCCGCCCCUCCAGUCGGUGCUCGGAGGCAGCACUCCAACCCUGGCUGAACGGAAAGAAAUGCCUCCGCUGCCACCUCCGCCGCCUCCUCCUCCGCCUCCGCCUCACAACGAGAAGAAGUCCAAGAAGGGAGCCGCCCCUCCGCCACCACCACCUCCGCCGCCUCCACCACCCCCACAACAGCAGCCUCUACCGCUGCCUCCGCCUCCCGGCUAUCAUCCUGUGUACUAUGCUCCGCCGCCCCCAGGAGUGGCACCGCCUCCAGCAGGCACCUAUCCUCCCCCUGGCGGCGCCCCCAUCCCGGGCCCCCUGGCUGGGCCGCCCCCCCUGCUGCGGCCCCCCGCACUGGAGCCUGUCAAUGUGAGCAGCACUCCCUUCUAUGCACCGCAACACACCAACUUCUAUCGUCACUUGCCUCGCUAAGGAAGAAAACGUGUGGGAUUAGAGUGUCUCUAUAACCUGAAGAAAGGACAAAAUAGGAGAUCGCCAUUUUCAACUAGUUCUAAAAGCUCUAAACAAUAGUGAACUAUUAACUAUAGUGCUAUUAACAAAUAGCACUAUUAACUAGAAGUGAACAGAUUUAGUGAAAAAUCAGUGUUCGUGUGUGUGUAAAUAGUUGAAGAAAUAUAUAUUUAUUAUUUUUCACUUGAUGCAUUGAACCAGAGUGCGAUUGUAUUUUAUGAUAGAAAGUAAAUACUGUAAGUACUGUAUUUAUAAGUAUAUAAAUUGAUGUAGAUAUAUAAAUAUAAUUGUAUGUGAUAGUGUUGAAGUGCUGGAAGGAAUAAGGUUUUCUGCACACGAUAAUAUUGCGUCACUUGUUACUUGGGACAACUUGAAAUUUUUGUGGAUAUGUUUGAAAAAACGUGAAACGUGCUGUAUUAGAGGCUAACUCUAUAUCCUAAAUUCAAAUUUGAAAGCCUUUUUUUUAUUUUUGCAACGAUGUUGUAUAAUUGAAGGAAAUACGUUUUUGGUUUGUACUUCUACAUACAGUAACUGUGUUGGAUUUACUAUUUGCAAAAUCGUAAUAAAUGUCUUAUCUUGAAUCAUUGUCUUCAAGAGUGGAGAAUCUUGUUUAUUUUUUCAGUUGUUACUGAUAAUGAGACCAGUGAUUAGUCUUCUGAAUUAAUAACUGACAAUUAUAUGACGGUUUUACUGUUUGAUAUUGUAUAGUGUGUUUUAUUAUUGAAGUUUUAUAAUUUUCAAUUGUUUUAUUCAAUUUGAGGAUACUUUUCAUUUUAUUCUGUGUUUGUUAUGUGUUUUGAAAAUUUUUAAGCAUUGAGCAUAUUUGUUCGACAUAUUGGAGCAGUUGAGUCUUUUUCAAAAGAAUUGAAAUACUUUAGAACCCAAUAAAAUAAAAUUGCUGAGAAUUAAAUAAUAUCUUUAGUUACUCAAGAGCAACAAUUAAUAAUAAUAAUAAUAACUCUUAAUUGCUAAAACAAUGCAUAAAAAAUAAUGAAUGAUAUCUAAAUGUAGAUCAAUUUUAAUAUAACAUGAAUAAUUUAUAUCACCUUUAUUUGAUCGGCAAUAAGUACUCUCAUGCAAAUCUCAUGCAUGGAGGAGUAGUUGCAGAUUAGAGAAACCAACUCUGUUGCAAUAAUAAUUUAGUUACCUAAUUUCUGUUACAGUAGUCUUUAAACUAUUAGAUAAAAUACAAUUCCAAAAGGAAUUAUAAAAAUUUAAAAUGUAAAAAUAUGAGUUAUUAUUGUAACUGUAAAUAUUAUUACAUUGUGGAAAAUAUAUUGGAAGCUCUUAAUUUCAAAAUAAUUUAUAAAAAUAUAUUCUUCUAUUUAAAAAAGUAGCAUUUGAUACUGUAUUGCACAUUUUUCCUAAGGUCUCCAUUUCUUUAACUCCAAUCAGUAUUUGGAAUUCCAUAACUGAGCUCUAUUCGUUCAAAAAAGUUCUCCACUAUUAGAGUGUUAUUAGUUUUCAGAAUCCAUAGAAAAAGAUAAAAGCAAGUUUACUACGAGAUAUAAAGAUUAUAGUCCUGUAAAUAAUUUAUUUAUAUGUUCCUUGAUAAAUCCAGUCUACUUUGAAGCAAUGUGGGAGAAGUCAUGAAAAGAAUUUUACAAUAAAUUAUCUCGUUACGAAAAAUGUGCUCAAUGAUUUUUUGUUUGUUUAUGAUGAUUAACCAUGGUUGAGUAAGUGAUCUUACAUUGAACAUUAUCAUACUAAAUUUCGAGUUUCCCGUGGAUGUGACGAACAAAAACUUUCAUAGACAAGGAGAUAAGAACGCUGAAAACGAAAGUACAAAAUGUAUAUUUACAAUUCUAUUUUGUAUUAUAUUGUAAAUGCUAAUUAUAUGUUGUUGAUAGUAAGUGAGAGGGAGAGCUUAGAAAAUUAGCCUUCCAUAAUCUUUCAGAACUUUAAUUGGAAAUGAUUUCAAGGAAAAUUAGUAGGUAGUGAAAGCUAUUUCCUUGUUGGUUUAUUGAAGUUUGACAUUAGAUGAUAAUUAGAUAUUUGAAAUAAUAAUUAUUAGUAGAUGAUCUAGUUAUUAAUUUCCUCAUUAAUACCUUUUUGCGUAGCUUUUUUGCUUACAUUAUUUUAAUUUCAAUGCUGCUUUAAUUAAUAUAAGUUAGAAGUAUUUAUAAGAUUCUUUCCUAUUUUAUUUUUAACGAUUUCUCCAAUCUAUCAUGAUUCUCUAGCAAUUUUUGCUUGUAGUACAUCUAAUGUUCCAUCAUUUGAUAUUUUGCAUUCGACUUCUGAAAAUUAAAUACUCAGCUCUUACAGUCUUUCACAGCAAGUAGUGUAAUAGAUGAUAAAUAUUAUUCAAAUAAUCCGUGGUUUACCUUGAUCCUUGGUUAUGAAAUCAUCAAAUAUAUUUAAUCAAACAACAAUCCACAAAAAAUAUAUUGAAUCCUUUAAUUUGGGUAAAGUUCAUGAUUGGAUUAGACUUAUCCAAACCAACACCCAAAUUUAUUUCGAAUAACAGGGCUUUUAUUUAUUCUGUUCGAUGCUGGAAUAAUCCAUGAUACGUUUUGUUUUGUAUACCGUACUAUUAUAAUUAAUAAGGAUAUUAACUAUGCUGUUCAAUACUUGAAUAUAUCGUAAUAAGCUUUGUUUUGUAUACUGUACUAUUAUCAUUUCUUGAUCUCAUUUUUCAAAAGUAAUUGAAGAUAAAUUAUUAUUUUUUAUGAAUUUAUACUUAAUAAAUAAUACGUAUGUUUUACUUCGGACAUAAAUAAAUGAAGAAAAUGCUUAAUCUGUAAUGAGAUAAAGUGAAUUUACAAAAAAAUUAACUCACAUCAAUUAAAAAAUACUCAAUCAAGAAUAUUAUAAUACAGUUGUUUAUUAAUUUCUACUGAGCUGAAUUUCAUUGUUCAGGUUGAGUGAUAUUUAUAUAGUUGUACAAUUUUUAUAGUUGUAGACUUCAUAUUUUUCUAUUGCAGUAUUGAAUUCAUUUCGUUAUAAAAUUAUGUUACCAGUCAUCUCAAAUGAAUGCACCAAUUUAAGAAGAACACCCACAAUUUGUAGAUAUGAUCACUAACUGGAUUUUCAUUUUGAAAAUAAUCUUUUUUCCUGCAAUUUUUAUAGAAAUGAGCUUGAAACAUUCGUCAACUAAUAACCUAUUUAUAUUAGUAGUUAUUAAUGCAAUAAAUAUUUUUCAACAUUCUACAUUUUAGCAUCUUCUCAUAGCGAUAUAAUGUAGAUAUUAUAAAACCGGUUCAUUUUUCCACUUAAUUGUAUUAUACGGUUUGUGAUGUUUAAACAUUAAAUAACUCAUCUAGAAAAUGUAAAUCCCGUUGAUACAAUAUUUAACAAUAAUAUAAUUUUACAUGUGCUUGAGAGUUUACAAAUAUUAGACGAUGGAACAAUUUUAUAAGAAAACUCAAAUUUGUAAAUACUCAUCAGGUUUGUAGGUAUAUGAAGUGAAAAAAUAUUUAUUUGUACACUUAUAGAGAAAAGUGCAAACUUGUUGACAAAUUGAUCGAUAUUUUAUAUAUUUUUGUUAAUUAAAAAAAUGAUGAAAAAUGUAUAAACUAUGCAGAUUUUGGAUAAGUUAUGAAGAAAUAAAUAAUUAAAUUCUUAAGAGGUAAUUGUACAAAACAUGAAUAGUUGUGCCACUUGAAGAGGAGAACCUAUUAAUCUCCUCUAUAGAUUUCAAAUUGUGGUAGUUUUUAAAAUGAAUUCAUAUUGGAUAUUACUUCUAGAUUUAGCAUUUUUUCUUAUUAUGUAGAGUAAUAUAUUUGGAAACAAGCUGGAGGAAAUAAACAUUGAAAUAUUUUUUGUACAUGAAUAGAGGAAAGUUUUUUUUUUUUAAUUACGUGUUUGUGUAAGUGUUUAGAGAGCUCAGGAUGUUGGCUAAUCAUUCAUGAACCUGUAAUAAUAUUUUUUUGAAACACUGUUCGUAAUAUUAUUUAUUUAUAAAAUAAUCUUAUAACAAAGCGAGUUCUGUUUGCAAUUAGUUUGAUGCUAACCAUUUUCGAAUAAUUGUUUUUCACAACAAUUCAAAUCUGAUCAAUUUUAUUUGAUUCAGAACCUAAUCAAAUUUAAAAAUUCAUCAAGAUUCAACUUUUGACUGUUCUGAUUAACAUUUUUUAUAUCUUUGCAGAACAUGAAUAAAUAAUGUUCAGAGGACAAGUCAAUAAUAACUAUCAUUUUCGAUUGUAAAACUCAAUAUAUCUUUCAAUUAUUGAUUUUAAAUAGUUAUUUGUGCAACUAGUGCGCUGACAGUUUGCUGCACUGAAAGAAACGUUUACGCCCGAGCCGUAGGCCAGGGCGGAAUGGUUUCUUGAGUGCAGCAGAGGAACUUUGCGCACGUAUUUCACAUUAAAUUUUCCCUACAGUUACCAUUGAAUAUGAAAAGUUAGUAAUUAUGGGUAAAAUUCCCUAAAAUCCAUCAAAUGUUUUUCUGUGUAAUUUUAUUAUUAAUAAAAACCUUAAUUUAUUUAAAAUUGAAUAAUGUAUUAGUAAAUGAAUGAAGGCGGCUGUCACUCAUGUGGUGGCUGUCGCUGUCAUCCACUGUUGUCCACUGCCUUCAUAUUAUUAUAACGUGCACCACAGUCACUGUUACCAACUUAAUUUUGAUUUUCCUGCACUGGUGCUCCAUAUAACCUACUAUUUUGCGUUGCCAUGUUGCAAAUAUGGAGUGCAGAAAAAAAUUUCCCGCACUAGAGCGGAAAAGUGAAUCUUUGGGUAUUGUGAUCAGUACAGGAACAGAAACUUUCCGAGGUAGCUGUAGGAAAAAGUAAUUUUUGUUAUUCAGAUGAUCAGAAGAAUUGACACCAUGUUUUCAAAUCCCAACUUUAAUUUGGAAUUUGACAACAUACUGUUCCAAUUCAUAAUUAUUCUUUACCAAUUUAAUGUGGCAAUAAUCAUUAUUCUGCAUACUAAUUAUGCAUAAUAAUGAUUAUUUCGACUAUAAUUUGAAUUUUCCCCUUUUAAAUUGUUCUUCACUUUUCAAUAGUUUAUCAUUCCAAUAAUAAUUUAAUGGGACGACUUCUUGCUUGAACUUGCUGAUGAAAUAGAGAAUUAGUAUUUUUUAAAAUAAAUUUUGAAUUAAAAUAUGUGUGCAAUGAAGUAGUUUUUUGAAAUUUAUAAGCAAAUUUGUCGCUUAAUAUAAUAUUAUCUCUCAGAUA